AGGCGCGAGAAGACGUAGAAGACUCGUUUCUCUUGCUAUAAGCACGACAUAGAAACACACGAGACACAAGGUAUAGGGUUUUUCUUUCAUGUAUCAUAUGAAGGGGUGUACAAGUUUCUUAUAUAGAGAUGUGAGACCCGUUAGCGGCAAAAUUGGUAUUUGCCCACGUAACCUAACUAGAGUUACUUGACACAUUCAACGGAGGCAGCAGUAUUUGUUUAUCGCUGUCCUAGUACUCGACGUCGCGUUGUUUAGUAGAAAAAACUAACGUGGCCCCACGCCCCCACGCCUUCGUCUCCUUCCGCGCCCGCCACCAGGUGCUUCCUAUUCGCGUCGUGUCUGUUCCUCGGCGUUCGUCCGCAUCGUGUCUGUUCCUCGGCCUCCGCUCGCCGUUGCGCGUUUGUCUGCGCGCCUAAGAAAGCAAACCACGCAAUCGAAAUCCUUAAACGCAAAGAAACCGGGCGCCAUUUAAGCUGGCGCGGCCGCAAAGAUGCCGCCGCCGCGCUCGCCUCAAGAGCGACGACCCAAGUACUCCCCCCAUCCCACCGGCUGACCGGUAUGUCCUACCCCGAGGACAUGGCGUCGUUCUACGACGCCUGGGUGGGUCGCGAGGAGCAGAUCGUGGCCGACCUCACGACCGCGCUCGCCCUCCCGCCCCGGCGCAGGAGCGAUGCGCUGGCGCCGCUCGUGGACGCCGCCGUCGCUCACGUCGUGGCCUACUACGAGCACAAGUCCCGGCUCGCUGACCGCGACGUCGUGGCCGCGUUGGACCCGUGCUGGCUCAACCCGCUCGAGCGCACCUUCCUGUGGGCCUGGGGGUGGAAGCCCGCGCUCAUGUUCCGCUUCGUCGAGGGCGGCGUCGGCGUGCGCCCCGAGCAGCGGCGCGCGCUGGAGGAGCUCCGCGCCGCCACGGCGGCCAACGAGCGGGAGGUUGACAUGCAGGUGGCGGCCGUGCAGGAGUCGCUGGCGGGGCCCCGGGUGCUGGCCGCGCUUCGCAGGCAACCCCCGCUUAACGGCGAGGCCGACGAGGCCGUCGCGGUCGUCGCGCGCUCGCUGCGCGUGCUGCUGGCUGCUGCCGACGCGCUGCGGGACCGCACGCUGCGCGGCGUCGUCGGGCUGCUCGCGCCGGACCAGGCCGGCGCGGUCGUCGCGGCCAUGCUGGGGUUCCACCUCGCUGUCCACCGCGCGGGCCGCGACUGGACCUCCAGCCACGGCGGCCAACGGCUCGUCUAGUGGCGCCGCGAGAGUGCGAGACAACACGCCUGAUGCUUCAGAACAGAACGGACCUACCUUUUACAUCACGUGCAGUCAAAGGAACCAAAAAGCAUUUGUCAGUGUCGGCGUAUGUGUCCGUCCAAAAAAUGUUGCCAAUUUCUGUGACGGCAUCUGAUCGUGUAUUUUCUUUCACCAUGUCAUGUCAUGCCACGCGAACACAAACUGUUCGUCGAGUCAAGAGUCCAGGGUCCAGCGUCAUCGUGUGUCAGUCAUGGUCGUCGUCUGAGUCUUUUUUGAAGUCUGUUCUGGUGGAUUGCCGCAUGCCUCUCAAUCCGGUCGGGUCGUAUAUUACGACUAUCAUCGAAAAUCCAGUGAGUUGGUGUCCUCAAGCUGCAUCACACUUGGGAUUGCUGACCGCCAUGUUUGCUGGCUGGAGGUUUCUAAGCAAAUAACAGCUAGCAUGUAUCUGUCGCUAGGGUUUGAUUGGUUUGGCAGUGGCUUUAAAAAAAUUGAUGUGAGCUAUGAA